GGCAACGCCUAUGCAAUAUUGUCUUACUCUUAAAGUUAAAAAGUCGAAUGUUUAAAGAUGUUUGUACUUUCACUGCGGAUGCUAUUGAGAUUUUACAAGAUGAUGGUGCAAUACCAUCUGAGAAAAGUAGCAUUGAACCUGAAGCUCAUCUGGAGCAAGGGCUGCUAAAAAGUGCGACGAGACAAUUGGUUUUUCCCGAGUCAUUAGAUAAUGAUGAAGACAUUCGAGCAAAGGAUGCUGCCAAAGCUAAAGGCAAGGGGAAAAUGUCCCAAGAAAGCCAUGUUGAAUAUAUCAAAGGUGAAAAUGAUUAUGAUAUGCUAUUCUUGCUUGAUAAUAAUUAUAAUUUUGGUUAAAAUGAUUAUGAUAUGAUAUUCUUGCUUGAAAAGAUAAUAAUUAUAAUUUUGCAACAACAGACACAAUUGGAAGCUCAUUUGAAGAUAGUCUUUCUUCUGAUGAUGAUAAACCAAUAUCAUGUAUCACAUCCACUGUUAUAAAUAGAUACUUGAUAUUAAUUGCAAAUUCAUUUAAUAUAACUAUAUUGCUUCUCCAUCACAGAAAUCUU